AUGGGUCAAGUAAUGGGUGAAAUGCCGUCCACGUUGGAUGGAUUAAAGGAAGAACGCGAUCGCGUACUUCAUUGGAGCGGAGAAAUCCUUGCUAAAGUAAGUGAUAACAUCCAAAACGAAGAUACGUUUUUAAUGGAUUACACCGAUGAAAAAGUUGAUGAGAAAGUAAAAGGAUGGUUCGAUGCUAACAUGGGAAAAAUUAACGAAACUUGGUCAAAAAUACCAAACAUUAAUGAAGAUUGCAAAAAUAGUAUCUUAGAUAAAAUUGAAAAGCUAAAACAAGAAUUUUCAUCUAAAGUAAGAAAAGAAUACGAAUCGGCUUAUUCCGAUAUUAAAAAAUUUACGAAAAAAGUUGACAAAUUUGGCAGCGAGGAAAGAAAAAUUCAUGAAUCCAUACAGAACGUAGAAAACGAGAGUGGGGGUGAUGUUGGUAAAUUUCAAAAAAAAUUUGGCCCAUUGAGAGUGAAAGUAUUUAAAAAUUUGGAAAUUGGAGAAAAAUUUAUGUUCGAGGAUAAACGUUUGAAAGAUAGUUUUACGAAAAGGGUUUUUGACGUAGAUCAAAAAUUAAAGGCAGAAUGUGCAAAGAAAUUUGACAAAUUUGUCAAGGAAGCUGAAAAAUGUGGUGCCAAAUAA